AACACUUUAAAGUAAAAUUUUCCAUGUCUCGGGCUCAAUUGGGUUUGGCUUGCAUAAAUACAGACAGGAAAUGAUCUUAUUACUACAUAUUUAUGAUUUCUCCACCUGCUUAUGAGGCACUACCUUCUUAUAGUUGCACUGUAUAUAAACAAGGCUAUGUCAAAUGGAAAAAGGAAAUAGACAGAGAUCAACAGAUCAAACAAUCAUCAUGGAGUACUGUAUUUUUUGAUUUAAGAGGCACAAUGCUACGAAUAUACAGAAAAGAUUCAAGCAAAUAUCCCAUGUGUCAAUUAUCGAUGUUAAAGAGCUAUUGUGGCAUAGCAGUUGAAUACAAGAAAUCGCAUGUACUUCGACUUUGGUUCAGUAUCACUAAAGAGCAGUAUGUGAUCAGACCUAUGGAUGACAAAUUGUCUGAACUGGUGUCUUGGUUUGAACAUUUGCAAUCCUCAGCCAAUAUUAGCUCAGAUAUAGAUAGAAGGAAAAUGCCUCGUCUAUUGACCUUAUCAAGAGGCAACCGUAGUUCAAGAAGGACAAUGACACUGACCAUUGGAAAGACACAAGCUGUGCUUCCUAUACUUGUCAAUAAACAAACAUGAUUGCAUUGACAAGAGAUUCAAUAUUCUGACUUUGAAUGUGACUCGACUACAAGCCAAAUUGGCACACGCACCACGCGCGUUAAACCCAGC